CAGAGCAGCGUCUGCAGUGUCCAGCUGUCUGUCCAUGAAGAGUGACCGGUCUAAAGAUGAUCCUCCUGCCUUCAGUGGUGAACCUGGACCUUCAGACACAAAGGACAGGAAGAGGAGUCGAGGUGAUGUGAAGGAGCAGCUGUCCUGCUGUGCUUUGUGUCAGGAGCUCCUGAGGGAUCCAGUCUCCACCAGCUGUGGACACUGGUUCUGCAGACGGUGCAUCACCUCAGACUGGGACCAGUCUGAUCCAUCAGGAGAUCCUGCCUGUCCCCAGUGUGGAGAACAAUCCAGAACAAGACCUGGACUGCAGACACCCAGUCAAACCAGCCCAGUGGACGGCGGUCUGCAGGAGGUUUUAGACGAGCAUAAGAUCAGUCUGAGGAGGAGAUGUGAAUUUGUGACCGAAGGAACUGCUGCAGCAGGAAGUGGAACCCCCCUCAACAGGAUCUACACUGAGCUCUACAUCACACAGGGACGGAGGGAAGGGGUUAAUACCCAACAUGAGGUGUGGCAGCUGGAGACAACAUCCAAGAUGGAGACCCUCAGUGACACUCCAAUCAGGUGCCACGACAUCUUUAAACCCUUACCUGGCCAAGACACACACAUCAGAGUAGUUGUGACGCAGGGCGUUGCUGGCAUUGGAAAAACCUUCUCAGUGCAGAAGUUCACUCUGGACUGGGCAGAGGGCUUGGAAAACCAACAUGUCAGUCUUGUGGUUCUGCUUUCAUUCCGGGAGCUGAACUUGAUCAAAGAUGAGCGCUACAGUCUUCUCCAGCUGCUCCGUGUUUUCCAUCCAACAUUACAGACGGUCACAGCAGAGAAGCUCACCGUCUGUAAAGUCGUGUUCAUCUUUGACGGCCUGGAUGAAAGCAGGUUUUUAUUGGAUUUCCAGAACAAUGAGGUUGUGUCUGAUGUCACACAGACAUCAUCAGUAGACGUGCUGUUGACAAACCUCAUCAAGGGGAGUCUGCUUCCCUCGGCUCUCCUCUGGAUAACUUCCAGACCUGCGGCGGCCAAUCAUAUCCCUCCUACAUGUGUGGACAGGGUAACAGAAGUCCGAGGGUUCACUGACCUCCAGAAGGAGGAGUACUUCAGGAGGAGAUCCAGUGAUGAGGAGCUGUGCAGCAGAAUCAUCUCACACAUCAAGGCGUCCAGGAGCCUCCACAUCAUGUGCCACAUCCCAGUCUUCUGCUGGAUCACUGCUACAGUUCUGGAGCACAUGUUGACUACAGACCAGAGAGGAGAGCUGCCCAAGAGCCUGACUGACAUGUACUCACACUUCCUGCUGGUUCAGACACAGAGGAAGAAGCACAAGUACGAUGAGAGACAUGACAGGAGUCAGCAGGAGCUGAUGGAGACUGACAGGGAAGUUCUUCUGAAGCUGGGCAGGCUGGCGUUUGAACAUCUGGAGAAAGGCAACCUGAUGUUCUACCAAGAAGACCUGGAGGAGUGUGGUCUUGAUGUCAGAGAGGCCUCGGUGUACUCAGGAGUGUGCACAGAGAUCUUCAAAUCAGAGUGUGUGCUCUUCCAGAGAAAAGUCUACUGCUUUGUUCAUCUGAGCAUUCAGGAGUUUCUCGCUGCAGUCUACAUCUUCCACUGCUACACCAACAGGAACACAGAGUUACUGGACAGAGCCAUGAGAACACACAAGAAUCAAUUUGGUGACAAUGAGUCAUCGUUGGAUAUCUUCCUGAAGAAAGUCAUGUCUGAAGCCCUGCGGAGCAAAAAUGGUCACCUGGACCUCUUUGCCUGUUUCCUUCAUGGCCUCUCACUGGAGUCCAACCAGAGGCUCUUAGGAGGCCUGCUGGGUCGGACUGAGAGCAGACCAGAAGACAUCCAGAGAGUCAUCAACAACCUCAAGAAGAUGAACACCUUCAGUGUCUCACCUGACAGAAGCAUCAACAUCUUCCACUGUUUGAUGGAGAUGAACGACCUCUCAGUACAUCAGGACAUCCAAGAGUUCCUGAAGUCAGAGAACAGAUCAGAGAAGAAACUCUCUGAGAUCCACUGCUCAGCUCUGGCCUACAUGCUGCAGAUGUCAGAGGAGGUUCUGGAUGUGUUGGACCUGAGGGCGUACAACACAUCAGAUGAGGGACGAGGGAGACUGAUCCCAGCUGUGAGGAACUGCAGGAAGGCUCGACUUUGUGGCUGUGGACUCUCAGAGACUCACUGUGAAACUGUGGCCUCGGCCCUGAAGUCCAACCCCCAUCUGACAGAGCUGGACCUGAGUGAGAACCUGCGGCUGAAGGAUUCAGGAGUGGAGCUGCUGUCUGCUGGACUGGAGAGUCCAAACUGCAGACUGGAGACUCUCAGAUUGAGUAACUGCAGCUUGACAGAGAGCAGCUGUGCUUCUCUGGCCUCGGCUCUGAAGUCCAACCCCCAUCUGACAGAGCUGGACCUGAGUGAGAACCAGCUGCUGGAUUCAGGAGUGGAGCUGCUGUCUGCUGGACUGGAGAGUCCAAACUGCAGCCUGAAGACUCUCAGGUCAGUAGAGGGAAGUUCUUUAAGGAAUGAAGCUGGUUUUGUGUAUGCCUGUGAUCUCACACUGGAUCCAAACACAGCAAACAGAGACCUCGGUCUGUCUGAGGACAACAGGAAGGCGACAAGGGAGAGAGAGGAGCAGCCGUAUCCUGAUCACCCAGACAGAUUUGACGAGUGGCCUCAGGUUCUGUGUAGAGAAGGUCUGACUGGGCGAUGUUACUGGGAGGUCCAGUGGAGUGGAGAGGUUCAUAUAGCAGUGACUUACAGAGGAAUCACAAGAAGAGGUGAAGACUCUGUGCUUGGAUACAAUGAACAGUCGUGGAGUCUGGAGUGCUAUGAUAACAGAUACACUGUCAGACACAACAGUGAGGACACCUUCAUCUCUGUCCGUCCCCGUGGAUCUGACAGAGUAGCAGUGGAUCUGGACUGCUCUGCUGGGACUCUGUCCUUCUACAGAGUCUCUUCUGACAGACUGAGACUCCUGCACACCUUCAGCUCCACCUUCACUGAGCCGCUCCUCCCUGGGUUUGGUUUGUGGUUUUCUAGUUCUAUUGUGGUUGAGCUGCGAGUUUGUCAGAAACAAACUCUGACCUGAAAGAGUUUAGAACAUGUUUGGAUGAUUUGCGGUUUAUGGUUGAUUGAUUUUUUUUUUUUUUAAUUGUAUCAGGCAUCUUGGUGGAUAAUUGUUAACUGAUUGAUUGGACAGGUCUGUAAAAAUAAUAAGUCAUUAAAAUGUUGGUAUAUUCAAAUCUUAAGGUCCUCACACACCAACGGCGUUAUUUUCGUGCGAAUAUUUCGUAUUUUUUCGAACUCACAACAUGCAAUCAGUACUUGCACAUAGAAUGCGAAAUACGAAAAGUCGAAAUACGAGAGAUUUGUUUUUCGCAACAAGCUCGAUUUUUCUAGGCAAACAAACUGCAGCAGCCAAUCAGCAGCCUCCAUUCCCAACAACAACAUGAGGUCAGAGCCUGCAGGAGAGGCAGCGUCUCUCCUCAGGAGCUGCCCACUAAAACAUCCUGACAGCCUGCCUCACACAGACAGCCAGGCUCUGCUCUGGGUCAGUGGGAUCCCCAUAGUUGGUUCUCUGUCUCUCUGGAUGCGGUGCCAGCAGACCCAGGAGAGUCUCCAGCUGUCCCACAGACAUCCCAAAAUAAGUUCAGAAACAGUCAUGAUACAGUUUUAAUUCCUGUAUCAGCAGGAGGGAUUCUUCUCUGUCCCUGCUCUGUAAAAGUGGGUGUUUGGACGGGUAAACAGUUCAAUAGUGACAAGGUCCUCAUCGGGGGACGAAGCUGACUCCAUGUUUUAUUCCUGUCAGAACGCUCUCCUGCGCGCUGCGGGAUUCAUAUUUCACAAUACACACAUUCACAUCGCUGAUUGGUGUGAAGAGUUAAAGGCCAAAUUUUCGCCAGUGAGUUUUUUCGCACUUUCGUUCCGCUGUUUAGCCA